CCCGCCUCCGCCGACGUCGACGUCGAGCGAUCCGCCGCCACCCCAGACGACAACAAGCAUGCCAGACGGACCCACAACAACAUCCUCGCCGGACAGACCCACGACUUCCUCCACACCGGAUAGCUCGUCUCUUCCUCCGCCAACGACAAGCACAGACCCAUACCGGGUCUCGACGAGCUCCUUCGUGAUCACGCCGAGCAUGCCGCCAUCGGGCAUCGUGACGACCGCCCGGGUCACGGCGACGAGCACAGUCAGGACGACCCCCAAGGUGUGGACGUCAACGUUCGUAUACACGAGUACGAUCCCCGGGCGUGUGACGAGCACGUGGGUGAUCAUCACGAGCGGAAGCUUGAGCACGCAGGUGGCGGGCACGACGACGAGCCGAGGCGUGCAUUCACCGGGCGCUAUCGCGGGGAUCGUCAUUGGGGUGUUAGCUGCGAUUAGCUUUGGAGCGGCGUGGCUCUUCUUCGCCCGUCGACGUCUUCAGCGCGCGAAUGGGGCUGUCAACUUCGAUCCUGCAGGAAACAGGCCUCCGGGUGCGGUGGGCCGUCGUAGUGGACCAUUGGACGGUGAAGAUGAUGGGCCUGAAGAGCUGCUGAGUCGAAGAGGGAGCGCGUUUAUGGGCUCUAACAUGGGUUCGGUCAGAGGGCAUACGACAGGCGAGAGCGGCAGCACAGGGUGGUAUGGGCAUGGUGGCUUUGGAGGAGGGAGCGGCGAGGAGGAGAUGCAGAAUCGGUAUGCAGGGGUGCUGGCUGCGCUUUAUCCAGAGCAUCAACAGCAGCAGCAGCAGCAGCAGCAGCAGCAAACACCGAUCCAGCCGCACCACACGGGCGGAAGUAUGAGCAUGGCUACGUCGAUGAGCCCGUCUAUGGUUAUGGCGUACGCCAAUUCCAACCGCAACGCGCAGCAGUCGUCGACUCCAUUCCCGCAAGUCCCGUCACCUCCCCCAGUUGCUCAGCGCGGUCCGUACGGUACAGCACUGUACGACACGAACAAGUCCCUCCCCAGUCAACCUCAUCCGCCGAGCGCCUAUUCCGCACCACAUCUCUCCCCUGCCAACUUCAAUGCUAAUUCCGGAACGGCGUCCCUCCGACGCAUGUCUUCCCCUGGUCUCGAGGCAGGAGCGUGGCUCGGCGGCACCGACAACGCCGGGCAGGGACUCGCGCACACCCUAAGCGUCGGACACUCGUCAUCUGGACAUGACCACUCCCUGGGACACACCCACUCGCGCUCGCUUUCUGGGCACGGCCACGAACAGCUGCUCUCUAGGGACCCUUCGCAGGGUGCCAACUCGAACUCUCAGGGACACGCGAUAUCUUCUUCGGGGCAUGCGGUUUCUUCUUCGUCGGGACACGGCGGGUACCCUGCGAGUUCUGCAGUGUCGGGACGUAAUGCCGGCGCGUAUAUGAUGGGCAGCUCGCAGGAGGUUGCUGCGCACGCCUAUCGUGGACAAGGCUCCGACUCGGGGAGGAGCACGUCCGGGAACGCGAGCUCGCAGCAGAGCGGUCGGCUGAACAGGACCGGCUCGAGUCAGAGUGCGUUGCUUGGGCCAUCUAAAUCGGUGUCGACGUCAAAGAGACGGACAAAGAGCGGAGACGCAGGGAGGGGGGAGUCGUCUGCACCGUCAGCCCCAUUCAAGAGCGUCAAGGAUUUCCUUGGACGAUUGAGAGGUGGGCGGGGAAGUGGUAUGAGUUCUAGUGCCGAGUCGUCGGGCGGGAAUGGUCCAGUUAUUGGCAGUCCGCCACCACCGAUGCCCAUCGAUCUCUCGACCGAGCCUCAUGCCCUGUCGCCGACGCCGUUCACAUCUGUGGACGCACUUACCCACGCUCACUCGAACUCACGUAGUCCCAUUACGAGCGAGGGAAGCCACGGAGGAGGAGCCGCGCCAAAGAGGACGCCUACGAUGAGCUUCGUGCUCUCUAAUCCUGACGCGGAACCCAUAUCGCCGCUCGCGCUUCCUCUUCCCAGAAACCCGUCUGACCAGUCCAAGCUCUCGCCCGCGCCUAUACCUUCCACCUCCGAUGCAGCGGUGGAGGAUUCCACUGCACCAGCAGCCGCUACAUCGGCAUCAAUACCUUCCUCCGCCGGGCUCCUCGGCGGCUCAGCAGGCCCUAACGUCCCGGCAUGGCCGUUCCUUCCCACCUCCCUCGCCACUGCUAGUGCAUUCCCUUCUGCAGCGCCGGUACCGCUCCCGCCGGUCCCAGAGCCGCUGUCCACGCGCCCGGGCGCCAUCCCGCUCCCUGAGCAGCCGACGCUGAGCUCGCUGCUCAACGCGAGCGGGCCGCUACCCUCGCCCGCACUAUCUGAUAUGCUUUCACGUACGGAUGGCUUGUUGAGGCCAGGGCUGUUGAGGUAUGGGGAGAAUGAAGGCGGGCGGAGUGUGACGACUCUGCGGGACUUUGAGGACUAUUCGCGGCCGAUUGGUGGGCUGGUUUACCAUAGGCAAGAUAGCCGGGCGACGAUCGAUACGCGGACGGAGAGCUUGGAUUUGAGCGAUGUCGAGCGUGCUGCAUAAUUUGGCGCCGCGAUGGCUCUUCGUUGCUGCGAGGAAAGGGGAAUGAUGCCAUCUUUUAUUGCAUGCUUUUGCCUGUGCGCGUUCUACCCUGGACGCGGGACGUUCCUCAACAUCACAAAUAAUCACAGUUUACGACAUGUUCCACGUUACCCUCGCUCGCGGCGGUGUAGACAUGUCUAUUUCUUUUUUUGCUGUCUCUUGCUCUCUUCUCCACUCCCACUUUUCUGCUAUAUAUACUUUAGAGCUUUUGCAGUGCCGGUGGAGACUGUAUUACUACUUUUACCCGACUUUCCCAAAUAUUUUCCUUCUUUUUAUGUAUUCAUAUUCCUACCUUUUACCGUCUUGACUUCUUCUCUGGCACAUUACCUUCAAGAUCCUUUCCGUCAUCCAACUCCCCCAACAUACUCUUUAGACCGCCAUCGCAUAUACUGUAAAUAAAUGUCGCAUGCAAAUUGUCUCACAUCCCAUCAUCAUGUUCGCGGCGCUCCUUUCGCGCUCGUCAAGCUUCACGACCC